AAAUUUGUGCGGUCUCAACCGAGAAUGGUUGCUUUGUCACCGAAGUAACACUAUUUUACAACGGUAACACGAUUUAAUUACGUAUUCAUUUAACAACAACAAUAACAGGCGACUAGCUCGAGUGGAUUCAGCCUAAUUCGGGAGGUGCGGACGCGCCCCAAUCUUGCCCAUUAGCCAUGUUGUUAGCAAGCAUCGUUAUAAUGGUGGUUUGUUUUUUGUUUAUGAAUAAAAGUGUACAUACACGACUGACAUAAAAAAUAACAGCUCCUAUUUUCGAAAGGAAGGCGUCCAAAGUGAAUAAUGUCAAAAUAUACACAAAUGUAAUGCCCGCGAUGUAAACACUGUGUGUCCUCCACAACACCAGGGGGCAGUAUGGCUGCAGUUUGGGACGCCACGAAUACCGGAAGUCGACCCAACUGCAAAAGUUGAAUGCAAAUUUGUGCGGUCUUAUCCGAGAAUGGCUGCUUUGUCACCGAAGUAACACUAUUUUACAACGGUAACGCGAUUUAAUUACGUAUUAAUUUAACAACAACAAUAACAGGCGACUAGCUCGAGUGGAUUCAGCCUAAUUCGGGAGGUGCGAGCCCGCCAAUCUUGCCCGUUAGCCAUGUUGUUAGCAAGCGCCAUUAAAAUGGUGUUUUUUUGUUUAUGAAUAAAAGUGUACAGACACAACUGACAUGAAAAAUAACAGCUCCUAUUUUCGAAAGAACGGCGCCCAAAUUGUAUAAUGUCAAAAUAUACACAAAUGUAAUGCCCGCGAUGUAAACACUGUGUGUCCUCCACAACACCAGGGGGCAGUAUGGCUGCAGUUUGAGACGCCACGAAUACCGGAAGUCGACCCAACUGCAAAAGUUGAAUGCAAAUUUGUGCGCUCUCAACCGAGAAUGGCUGCUUUGUCACCGAAGUAACACUAUUUUACAACGGUAACACGAUUUAAUUACGUAUUCAUUUAACAACAACAAUAACGGGCGACAAGCUCGAGUGGAUUCAGCCUAAUUCGGGAGGUGCGAAGCGCGCCAAUCUUAGCCGUUAGCCAUGUUGUUAGCCGACGUUAGCUAGCUCGGCUGUAACUGCUCGCUUGGCCUUUCACCCCCCCCGUUUUUGUGGAUGAAUCUUAAAUGGACGAACUCAAGGAGAACAUCCACGGCCAGGACACCAAUGUGAAGAUGUCCAGCGGAGAAGAUGAUAAGGCGAUACGUCCCGCAGGAGGCGAUGCCUCAGAGGCGAGCCAGUCCAACAGCGACUUCAGCCACCCCGUCUACAAAGAGAUCGCUUUGGCCAACGGCCACAUCAACCGCAUGACCAGGGACGAGCUCCGCACCAAGUUGGCCGAGCUGAAGCUGGACACCAGAGGCGUGAAGGACGUGAUGAAGAAGAGGCUGAAGAGCUACUACAAGAAGCAGAAGCUGACGCAGUCGGCCGCCGAGGAGGACGCGGCCGACGCCUACUACGACUACAUCUGCGUGGUGGACUUCGAGGCCACGUGCGAGGAGGACAACCCUGCCGACUUCCUGCACGAGAUCAUCGAGUUCCCCGUGGUUCUCAUCAGCACGCACACCCUGGAGAUCGUGGACACCUUCCAGGAGUACGUCAAACCUGAGCUGAACCCCACGCUGUCGGACUUCUGUGUCAACCUCACAGGAAUAACACAGGACAUGGUGGAUGCAGCCCACACCUUCCCCGUGGUUCUUCAGCAUGUGGUGGCAUGGCUGCAGGAGAGGGAGCUGGGCACCAAAUAUAAAUACGCUCUCCUCACUGACGGAGCGUGGGACAUGAGCAAGUUCCUCAACAUCCAGUGUCGCAUCAGCCAGAUCCGAUAUCCGCUGUUUGCCAAGAAGUGGAUCAACAUCCGCAAGUCCUACGGAAACUUCUACAAGGUCCCGCGCACUCAGACGAAGUUGAGCACCAUGCUGGACAAGCUGGGCUUGCAGUACGAAGGCCGCCCUCACUCGGGCCUGGACGACUCGCGCAACAUCGCUCGCAUCGCGCUGCGCAUGCUGCAGGAUGGUUGCCAGCUACGCGCCAACGAGCGCAUGCACGGCGGCCAGCUGCUGGCCGUGCCCAGCUCGGCGCCGGUGGAGGGAGCGCCACCCCCUCGCUGGCCGGGCAACCGCAAGUAGGGGGGGGGGACACAAACUUUAAACGCUCUUCUCAAGACACCAGCACGGAACAUCUUGAGAUGGAUUCCACACGUGAUGCUGCUACAUGAGUUUUAUGUCCGAUGUAUUUUAACAUAAAUAAACCACAAGAGCCAAACUCCCAAAACAUGCUUCCAUGCCUUUAUUGUGUGGUCACAGUCAUUCAAAACAAAAGUCAUAUUCUCAUAAAGCGACAUGAUAGACAACGUAUGCCUUUUGUAAAUAGUGUCGCGUUUCCUGUGUUAGUACGGCGCCUGUAGCUCCAUCCACUCGAUAUUUAAGGGAAAAGUCAACUCGAUGGUUUCUUUUGUGGCAGCGAGGUCCGUCUGGUUCCCGUCACGACGCCCCCGAUUCAAAGCCCCUAACUUUAUUGACAGCAGCGCCCUACAAGCAGGUGCUGUACAGCGUCACCUUGUAGCUGAUCUCCUCCAGGAUGCGGCGGGCCAUCUCCUCCAGCUCGGCCAGCUCCGCCGCUUUGGCCUCCAGGACGCCCUGGUUGGCCUGGUAGGACGUCUCCAGCUCUGGCAGCACCAACGAAAACAUAGUUGAGGAAACAAGAACAUCUCCAUGUUCUUUUCCUGGUCAUGCUCGGACAUAAUUUCCCUGACAAGGCUGCACGGUGGACUAGUGGGUAGUGCCCAGGCCACACAGCUAGGAGACCCGAGUUUGAUUCCACCCUGAGCAUCCCUGUGUGCAGUUUGCAUGUUCUCCAAAUUUAUUUUCAACACCCGAAAAUCAUUAGGCAAAAUUAG